GCCUUGGAUGGAUAUUCGAUUGAUUAUAAUCGUGGUUUUGGUUUACCAAAUAUCUUGGGAUAAGUUAUCAUCAUUGGCCGCGACAUGGAUAUUACCGAGCACAACACAGUCAAGGCAGUGAACGUUAUGACAAUUAUCGAUACCUACAAUAUCUUCAUCAUCUACUUUUACAAGUGAGGAAGUAGAUUUUCUUUUGAAUCAGAAAAAUGUGCCGUGGAAAAAAAAAAAAGUUCAAAGAAGGCCAAUUAAAGUACUUCUUUCAACGAUAUAUAAGUCGUUAAUAUAAUCGUUACAGCCGUCUUGGAACAGGACACAAAGAUGUGAAGUACAAUAUCUCCAGCAUGAUGCUAUCGUCAGCUUAUGGAACCUAUGACUGCACAGAACAGAUAUAUGACAAGCCGUUACUCUCUCCGGAUCAUCCCAAUGAUGUGUUUGUUUUUAUUUCUCGUGUGCUGCAGACAUUCUCUGAUUCCAUCCACCACCGCACCAAACCGUGCAAUUUGUCUGAAUCUGAAGCUGCAUAUUGUCACCAUGGAAUCUGGCCUCUUCUGAACCUGGUGGUCAACCAAAUCUAUGACACUAACUGUCGCUUUCGUGUUGGCAAGACCAAUCUCAACGCAGUGAUUAACAAUGCGACUUACCUUGCUGAUGGGACGAUGUACAUUGGUAGUUCUGCACUAGAAGUUUUACUGUUGGAGGCCUCUGGUUAUUAUGGGAAGCACGACACUGUAAGAAAUGCCUACGACCAUAUCAAGGCUGCCUUUGGAAUGUCUACGAUGAUCAAGGCGAUUUUACGGAAAUACCACAACGCCGACCCCACUCUCUUGCACGAAGCUCGCGUCCUCUUUAUCCAUGCAAGUUCACGAGACAACAUCCGACUGUGGCAAAUGCGUCCAACUCUCAGUGGCAAGCUUCUCCUUCUUGAACGACUGGGCAAAAGAUCGAUUUGUUUGGAUCCGACUGACAUUGAUGCAAUGGCAAACCUGAUGAGGUUCUUAUGGAAUAAAAGUACCAUGUGGAAUAAGCAAUCAUUGGAAUCAAGAGUGCAUCUCAGAGGAAACGUUCUUAUUCCGGCGAUCACCGUGACCUGCUUGCGCUCAUCGAAUACCUUGUAAGGUUUGACCAUUCUGCCAAUGGAAGCAAAGCUUUUUCCAAGACAUUUUUUUGCAGCAGAUGCUUACAAUUUACAACAACUGAUAGACUCAUUCACACCAACGACGCACAGUUGAUACAGUGAAUAAUCAAGCGGCCGCUGUAUUCCACCAAUAUCUUGAUGAUCAGUUCUAAUUCACACCGGUUGAAG